AUGACGUUGGCAUUUCUGGCUGUGGUGCCGCUAGUCGCCGCUCACCUGGAUAAGGCGUUUAUGUCUCCUCAAAUAUUGAAUGCGUCUCCGAAAUUCGAGAUCAAAUAUGUGGACUCAUUGAGUCCGACAGAACCGGUGGAAACCGUCGAAAUGAUGCUACGUGGACAUCGUUACAGCUGCCAGAUCCCGCUGAACACUGUUGAUCAGUUUGACACUCUGCCAAUCGAUGAAGACAAGGUCAUGGCGCAAGCUGUGGAUGUUUUGAACGAAAAAGAUUGGUGCAGAUUCAAGCUAGAUGGCUACUGGGGGUACCGGUAUUGCGUGGGCGGGGAUUUGUUGCAGUUUGUACCCGAGUGGCAGAGUAAAGAGUAUUUCGUGAUUUCCAAAAAACAUUACAACUAUACUCUUGGCCAGGCCACUGACAAUGUGACUCUAGGACGUAAGAAUGGUUUAACCUACCUCAAAACCGAGUAUGCAAACGGAACCGUCUGUGAUCUGACGGGAGAGCCUCGCAAGGCAGAUAUUAUUUAUUAUUGCGACACAGAAGCAAAAGAGAUUAUUGUAAAGUCCAUUCACGAAGUUGCGAGCUGUGAGUACGAGGCAUAUAUUGCUCGGCCGGAGCUUUGUUCGAUACCGGAGUUUGUUCUAGAGAGCCGCAGAAAUACUAUCAACUGUGUUGAUCUCGACAUGGAGUAUGAAGAGGUGGUUAAUGAGGACCAGGACGAAACUGAAGAGGCCCAAGAUCAAGCUCAAGUUGCCGACAAUCUCGAAGUUCAAGACCAGGCUGUUUUCGAACCGGGUGUUGAUCGCCUGGCUGACGCUGAAAACGAACUGACCCACGAUGCUCGGCCUGAUGCCCAGCCUGAUGCUCGGCCUGAAGAUCCCCAGCCUGAUGAUGCUAACCCUGAAGAUGCCCACCCUAAAGAUAUCCACUCUGAAGAUAUCCACCCUGAAGAUAUUCAGCCUGAAGAUCCCCAGCCUCAAGUAAUUUUCAGGGAAAUCCAAGAGCCAAAGGAUAGUGAAAGUGAAGUCCAGGUAACGGAAUCGACCCUUGAAAGUAAUACUCAAAAUGAAGCGAAGCAUCAAGCCGAUGUCAAUCACGACGACCCUUAG